CUGAGUCACACCUAUCUAUGCUGUAUCUGUUUUUGUACUUUUAGGUUAGUUGUCAAAAAUUUGAAUUCAAAUGUUUAUUACAAAUUUAUAUUAUACAAGAAAAUGCACACAAAAAAUGAUCACACCUGAAGUCCCUCAUCAUGAACAACAGUAACGUACAAGUGCAUACAUUUGUUGUUUUUUCUCUUUGGCUUUUCUUAAAAUGGAAAGCAUCUCGCUUAUGAGACAGAUGAAAAAUCUUUUGUUGAAAUCAGAUGAUCUUGAUCCUAAAGGAGAGCUGAACAUAUCUGUUAGAAAAACAUUUUUAGAGUGCUGCAGUUAUGCUUUAUCAGACAGUGAUAGUGAAUGUCCUCUAGACAAGAAUAAAUUCAUAGAAAUAGACAGUGUUGUGGACUUCAUAUAUGAAGAGAUAAACACAGGCCAUUGGUGUGAAGUACCAAUUUAUAUGAGACAAUACUACACAGCUUCACAGUUCAUAAAAUGCAUUAUUAUUCUGAAACAUGCAACACAUUGUUCACAACAGCUUUUAACAAAGUGUUUAGAAUGCAUUGAUAUGGGGUUGCUUUUAGGAUGCCCUUUAGAUAAUAAAGAGUUAUUAACAAAUAGUGCAAAAAUACUGAAUAUAGAAAUAAACAAAAUAGAACCUGAUAACAGCUGCAAGGAAUCAGUUAGUAGUUUCCCAGUCAAAAGAAAAGUUGAAGAUUUACCAAGUUUUGAUAAAAUAGUUGCUAAAGAAGUAGAUAUUGUUGAAUGUCCAUCUUUAGAAUUAUUCAACAAGACAUAUUUGUGUACCCAGGUGCCAGUCAAAAUCAAAGAUUGCAUGCGACACUGGCCAGCAAUGAAAAAAUGGCAAAAUGUGGACUACCUCUUAAAUAUAGCUGGUGAACGUACAGUGCCAGUUGAAAUAGGAGCUCACUAUGCAGAUGAAGAAUGGUCACAGAAACUUAUGAAACUGAAAGAUUUUAUAUUGAAGUACUAUGUUUCAGAGAGUGGUGAUAUUGGUUAUUUGGCACAACACAAUCUAUUUGAUCAGAUUGCAGAAUUGAAAGAAGAUAUUAGAAUACCUGAGUACUGUUGCUUAAGCCUAGAUUAUGAAAACAAUACAGAGGCAGAACCUGAUAUAAAUGCUUGGUUUGGUCCAGCUGGAACUGUGUCACCUUUGCAUCAAGACCCAAAAAAUAAUAUACUUAGUCAGGUGUUUGGAAGAAAGCAGGUUCUCUUAUACUCGCCAGAUGAUUCACCACAUUUGUAUCCCCAUGAAGGAAAAUUGCUGAGUAACACUGCUCAAGUUGAUCCAUUGAAACCAGACCUAAGUCGUUUUCCAGAGUUUCACAAAGCAAAAAUGUACAAAUGUCUGUUGGAACCAGGAGAAAUGUUGUUCAUACCAGUCAAAUGGUGGCACCAUGUUGUUGCUAUAGACAAGAGUUUUUCUGUCAGUUUUUGGUGGAUGUAAUUUUAUAUGUACAUUUUUAAUAAAUUUUAAGCAGAAAGUGUUUUAG